GGGCUGCCGGGACGGCCCCCAUCUUUUUUGCGCGCGUUGGGCGAGCGUGCGGCGCUGGGAAGUGGAGACGUUGCCGUCCCUGUUAGUGACCCUGUGGCUCGGCUCUGUGGGACCCGGACCGUAAAGAUAGCCACAAUGGCUGAAAAUGGUGAUAACGAAAAAAUGGCUGCUCUGGAGACCAAGAUCUGUCAUCAGAUUGAGUAUUACUUUGGUGACUUCAAUUUGCCACGGGACAAAUUUUUAAAGGAACAGAUCAAACUGGAUGAAGGCUGGGUACCUUUGGAAAUAAUGAUAAAAUUUAAUAGGUUAAACCGUCUAACAACAGACUUUAAUGUAAUAGUAGAAGCACUGAGCAAAUCAAAGGCAGAACUAAUGGAAAUAAGUGAAGAUAAAACUAAAAUUAGAAGAUCUCCAAGCAAACCCCUCCCUGAAGUGACUGAUGAGUAUAAAAAUAAUGUGAAGAACAGAUCUGUCUAUAUUAAAGGCUUCCCAACUGAUGCAACUCUUGAUGACAUAAAAGAAUGGUUAGAAGAUAAAGGUCAAGUACUAAAUAUUCAGAUGAGACGAACAUUGCACAAAGCAUUUAAGGGAUCAAUAUUUGCUGUGUUUGAUAGCAUUGAAUCUGCUAAGAAAUUUGUUGAGACUCCUGGCCAGAAGUACAAAGACACAGACCUGCUAAUACUUUUCAAGGAAGAUUACUUUGCCAAAAAAAAUGAAGAAAGAAAGCAAAAUAAAGUGGAAGCUAAAUUACGAGCUAAACAAGAACAAGAAGAAAAACAAAAGCUAGCAGAAAAUGCUGAAAUGAAAUCUCUAGAAGAAAAGAUUGGCUGCUUGCUGAAAUUUUCAGGGGACUUAGAUGAUCAGACCUGUAGAGAAGAUUUGCACAUCCUUUUCUCAAAUCAUGGUGAAAUCAAAUGGAUAGACUUUGUCAGAGGAGCCAAAGAGGGAAUAAUUCUAUUUAAAGAAAAAGCUAAGGAAGCACUGGAUAAAGCAAGAGAUGCAAAUAACGGUAACCUACAAUUAAGGAACAAAGAUGUGACGUGGGAAGUACUAGAAGGAGAUGUGGAAAAAGAAGCAUUGAAAAAAAUAAUAGAAGAUCAACAAGAAUCCCUAAACAAAUGGAAGUCAAAAGGUCGGAGAUUUAAAGGAAAAGGAAAGGGAAACAAAGCUGCCCAGACUGGGUCUGCUAAAGGAAAAGUACAGUUUCAAGGCAAGAAAACUAAAUUUGAUAGUGAUGAUGAACGUGAUGAAAAUGGUGCAUCUGGACCAGUAAAAAGAGCAAGAGAAGAAACAGAGAAAGAAGAACCUGCAUCAAAACAACAGAAAACAGAAAAUGGUGCAGGAGACCAGUAGUUUAGUAAACAACAUUUUUUUUAUUCAUUUUAAUUAAGUUUUAAGCUGCUUUUGUCUUUGGAGGCUUUUAAAAAGAAAACCGAAUUAGGUCCACGUCAAUGUCCACCUGUAAGAAAGGAAAAUUUUUUUAUUGUUUAACUUGUCUUUGUUUGUUAUUCAAAUGAGUAUUUUUUUUAUGUAUAGUUACGUUUGUGUUAUUUCAGAUGAUUCAGAUAUCAAAAGAUACAUUCUUCCACUAAAUUGCCUUUGUAAUAUGAGAAUGUAUUAGUACAAAGUAAUAAAAUGUAUACUGCAUAAAAAUAAACUUAGUUUAUUUUUUAUUUUUGUGCCCAAAGCAUUUGAGAAAGAAUUUACCUUAAACCAGAGUAUUGGCUAUUCUGAUUAUACGCCCAUCCUAUAGUCAAUUAUUCUAUUUUCUAAGCUAGGUUUCUGUAUUUACUUAAGCAACUUGAUAACAUUAGAAAUAAUUACUUAUUGAAGUUUUUCAGUACCAAAUAUAGAUAAACCAGAAUCAAGAGACUUACUGAUUUCUUUUUGUGAAAUUUGUAUGAUGCUGGCAGGUCAUAUCGCAGCUCUAAAACAAAAGCCACAUAAGGAUAAAAACUGUAUUUUCAAACAUUUACCACCCUUGACUUUAAAAAAAAAAAAUUAAGUACUAAAUGCUGAUAGGCAAAAUAUUUUAGACCUGUCACUAAUUUAUCCAGGACUGACUUGAUGUAUCCCCAUGAUGAGCCACAGUAAACUGAGUCUGGCAUUUUUGCUAUUUUUGGUCAUUUAUACCAAAAUUUAAGGUUAUGGGGAAGAGUUUAGAAGGAUACAAAUAGACAAAAAGGUAUAUCCUAUGAAAGUAUAGAUAGUACCUUCCUAUUUUUAUUUUCCUAAAUUGUAGCUACCAGUGUCAUAACCAUGCUUAUUUAAAAAAUUUCUGGUCUGGAUUUAAUAAUGGUAGUAAGUAGCUAAUUAUUUUCCUACUAAACUCUCAAAUGAAAACCCACUUUUCAUAUUCUUUUCUAAAGGAUAAUGUAGGUUCUCCAAACUCGGUACUGACCAAUUUUAGAGUGAUGACAGUAAGUCUACUAACCUGUUUCAUAUUUUGCAACAAAUUCUAACUCUAGAUCACAUGUCCCAAAUUUUAAAGUGCAAUUGAAUCACCUUCAAAUCAAAUCCUUGUUAAAAUACAGAUUAUAUAAUUCAGUGGGGCUGGAUAGAGCCUGAAAUUCUGCAAAUCUAAUAACAAGCUCCCAAGGAAUGUCAGUAAUAAUGGACUACACUUAGAGUAGCACGGCUCUGGGGCUUGGUGCACUUCUACUGGAAUUGUUCUAAGAGCUCUGUGUUGCAUAUUAUAAUACCUUAAACUAGGCAAGGAAUGACAACACUGAAUAUAAUAGGAAGACAGACCUUUUACAAACUACAUUACUAAUUAUGAGGUAAUAGAUCCAGUUAUGGAGUUAAUACCACACUGCUAAUCCAGUCAGUUUAUUAUUGUGUAAAAAAAUUUCCCGUAUUGUACUCUUAAUUCAGGCUUUUCAGAAUUACUUGGAUUAUAGUUAGCUUUUAGGUAUAUGCUUUUUCCACUUUUAUGUUUGUGAAUAUUAUCCAGUUUACUAAUAAAAAUGUAUGAAACAUGAUUUA